CUGCACCCACAUGCAGGCGGCCCUGGAGAUCACUGCUCGCUACUGUGGCCGGGAGCUGGAUCAAUAUGGUCAGUGUGUGGCAGCAAAACCUGAGUCAUGGCAGCGGGACUGUCACUACCUUAAGAUGAGCAUUGCCCGGUGCACAUCCGCCCACCCAAUCAUCCGCCAGAUCCGCCAGGCCUGUGCUGAGCCUUUUGAGGCCUUUGAGGAGUGUCUUCGGCAGAAUGAGGCAGCCAUGGGAAACUGUACUGAACAUGUGCGCCGCUUCCUGCAGUGUGCUGAGCGGGUGCAGCUGCCACAUUCUCCCACACCUGUAGAGGAUCACCCCUGCAGUAGCCCAAGGCCAGGCACGGAAGAGGUGCCAGAAGAUGUUGAUGUGCUUUCUCCACAGACUCAGCCACUUCCUGCCUCCUGA